ACGUGAGCCCUCAGGGCUAGGAGUCAGCUGACACAUGUCAUGUGACCAUAGCAGGAAGCAUUGCUCGCACACUGACAUGGAGUCAGUAAAGUUUGUGUUGUUCGGGCUCUGGAUUAUCUGUGUAUGUGGAGAAGUUGUGGACAAGGCUGGGGGCCCAGUACCGCUCGUUAUAUGGCAUGGGAUGGGCGACUCCUGCUGUAACCCCCUCAGUAUGGGGGGCAUAAAGAAGCUGGUGGAGCAGCAGAUCCCCGGAAUCUAUGUGCUGUCUCUGGAGAUAGGAGACAACAUAGUGCAGGACAUGGAGAAUAGCUUUUUCCUAAAUGUAAAUAAGCAGGUAGACAUCGCUUGUGAUCAGCUUGCUAAAGACCCAAAUCUUCAGCAGGGCUACAACAGCAUGGGCUUCUCCCAGGGCGGACAGUUUUUGAGGGCUGUUGCCCAGAGAUGUCCCUCACCUCCUAUGAAGAAUCUCAUUUCAGUUGGAGGACAGCAUCAAGGGGUUUUUGGCUUCCCUCGGUGUCCUGGAGAAAGCUCACGUUUGUGUGACUGGAUCAGAAAGGCUUUGAAUGCUGGUGCUUACACCAAGGCCAUUCAGGAACAUCUGGUGCAAGCAGAGUAUUGGCAUGAUCCACUUAAUGAAGAGGAAUACAGAAACGGCAGCAUUUUCCUGGCAGAUAUCAAUCAGGAGCGGGGUAUAAAUGAAAGUUACAAGCAAAAUCUUCAAGCUCUGAAUAAGUUUGUCAUGGUGAAAUUCCUCAGAGAUUCCAUGGUGGAGCCUUCUGACUCGGAGUGGUUUGGAUUCUACAAGCCUGGACAAGACAAAGAGACCAUCACAUUGCAAGAAAGCUCCUUGUAUUCUGAGGAUCGCUUGGGUUUGAGAGAGAUGGAUAAAGCUGGAAAGCUAGUAUUCUUGGCUGCAGACGGUGACCACCUCCAGUUUUCUGAGGAAUGGUUCAAUGAGAAAAUUGUGCCCUUCCUUCACUAAUACGUGUGUGUUGUGUUUUUUUUUUUAUUUGCUGUAGCUCGAUUCGUAGAAAAAAAACAGGCAUUCCUGACAAAUUGCACUGGAAUAACAUGCAUUAUAGCUUGAACCUAGAGCUGCACGAUUAGUUGUUAAAAAAAAAAAAAAAAAAGCUAUUCGAUUCAUCCCCCCUCACCAUUUCUAUGCAGCAUUUACACGAUUCAUUCAUGUAAGUGCAGAAACGUUCUCUAAUCGCUCAGAGCUGUCAAAAAAAA